GAAUAGUUGAAGGUACAGGAAUCAAUCUUAGAAGUCAGUACUUUUCUAGUGAUAUCCUCCCACCCAACAUAGCUCUUCUCUUUCUCAGCUUUCUGAUUAGAGAAUGGAAAAGAUUCAGCACAGGCAUGUACAAGUGAGAGGACUAAAGCUUCACUUGGCGGAAAGUGGAGCUGGUCCAAAGGUGGUGCUUUUCCUGCAUGGAUUCCCAGAAAUUUGGUACUCAUGGAGGCACCAGAUGAUUGCGGUGGCUAAUGCUGGCUACCGAGCAAUUGCUAUUGAUUUCAGGGGCUAUGGACUCUCAGACCAGCCAUCGGAACCCGAAAAAGCAAAUUUCAAUGACCUUGUGGAUGAUGAUGUUGCGCUUCUCGACACUUUUGGGCAUCACAAAGCUUUUCUUGUUGGGAAGGACUUUGGAGCUGUGCCUGCAUUCCUGCUAGCUGUUGUCCACCCUGAUACGGUGUCAGGUGUGAUAACACUAGGCAUUCCUUUCCUGAUACCAGGUCCUGUUGGUAUCCAAUUUGAUCUCCUCCCGAAAGGCUUCUACAUAUUAAGAUGGGCGGAACCAGGGAGAGCAGAAGCAGAUUUUGGCCGUUUUGAUGUUAAGACAGUGGUAAGAAACAUUUACAUUCUCUUCUCUGGAAGUGAGCUACAAGUAGCUGGUGAUGAUCAGGAGAUAAUGGACUUGGUUGAUCCAUCUACUCCUCUGCCACCAUGGUUCACAGAGGACGAUCUUGAUGUCUAUGCAACUUUAUAUAGAAAUUCUGGCUUUCGAACUGCACUGCCGGUUCCUUACAGGUGCUCUCCAUUGGAUUAUGGUGUAAUCAAUCCAAAAGUCACAGCUCCAUUACUGAUCAUGGGUGAGAAGGACUGUUUUAUAAAAUUCCCGGGGAUGGAGGACUACAUGAGGAAAGGGAUAGUGAAGCAGUUUAUGCCCAAUCUGGACAUCACCUUUAUGCCAGAAGGGAAUCACUUUGUUCAAGAGCAACUUCCAGAGCAGGUGAAUGAGCUCAUCAUCACUUUCCUCAACAAACAUUUUAUUUGAUGAAGCUGGUUUAUGAACAUCUUUUGUGGCACAGAGGAGUCAAAAGUGAGAAGAGUCAGCCCCCUUUGCUUGUGCUAAAGGCCAAGCCUUAACAGCUACUAAGACAACUUGCCUUACCCCUGAUCUUAAUUUGUGGUUUUGAUGCCCCAUUCACAUACCCGAAAUUGAUUGAAAGUUUGAUGCAUAUGUAUCUGAAUUAUCUUCCUGGCUUUGGCAUCAAAUGAUAUACUUAAAUCACAUGAAUUAUUCA